AUGAACGCCCAUCCCCAAUUCGACCCAGCCAUGGGUCUAGGGAGAACAGACGACAACUUCGAUAUCUUCGAAUGGUACCCCCGGUAUCAAAGCUGUCAACGAUAUUUCCUCGAUCACGCCCAACACAGCGUCCCCGUCCAAGCCCUCUCCGCAUUCUUGAACAUCCGCCUCCCCUUCCAGCGCCAACCCUCAAUCUCAACCUCCUCUCCAUCCCCCACAGCUCCCACAGGUCCCCCCUCCGUCUCGCUACUUCCCUACAUCCGCCGCCUCGUCGCAACCGGCAUGGACUUCCCGGGCGUUCUACACGGCUUCUUCGGCGACGACUGA